AGUCGUGCAUUUCUGUUCUACGUUUUGAAGUGCUUUCUUUAUUGCGUCGAUAUCUGUACUUUCUCUUCUUUUCGUUUGUUUUUCAGUCGGUGUUGAUCAUUAAUUCGUAAACUGCACGAAUCCAAUCAUGUCGAUGAACACAGUUUCAUCGACUCUCCCUGACCGUGGACAACCUGCGUCUGGAAUUGUCGGCGUUAUGAAACAAGCAUUGGCGGAUGGCGAGCUGAGUGAUGUGCGCUUCACAGUAGGACGCCACUUUGACCGAAUCCAGGACUUCUCUGCGCACAAGUUCGUUUUGGGCUCUCGGAGCGCUGUGUUCCGGGCCAUGCUUUUCGGCCAACUCUCUGAAAACCAUGACAAUGCUGUCGAGAUUCCCGACAUUCCUCCCGAAGCCUUCGCCAUCAUGCUCAGUUUCUUGUACACUGAUGCAGUGGAUAAUCUGAGUGCUGACAAUGUUUUCGGAACCCUGAAGUGCGCCGAUAAAUACGAUUUGCCGCAGCUCGUUGAUAUCUGCUCGGAAUUCAUCAGGAAGCGGCUGAAUCCUGACAACUGUCUGGAUACGCUGAAAGAGGCACUUGAUUGGCAAGCGGAGAAAAUUGUGAAAAAGUGUCGGGUGUUGGUGGAAGAGAAGACCAGUGCGGUACUGCGGUCGGAGGAAUUUGUCAACAUUUCGCUACAGAUGCUGCAAGACCUUUUGCAGCUCAAACUGCAGGCCUCGGAGAAUGAUAUAUAUUUGGCUGUUGAAAGAUGGGCCGCCGCUGCCUGCGCUCGUAAUGGCAUGGAUGCAUCUGCUGCGAACCGACGCCAGGUACUGCGUGACGCCUUAUUUCUCGUCCGAUUCCCGCUGUUGGAUAACAAGCAGCUGGCUGAUGGACCUGGCCAGAGCGGUCUGCUGACGGACACGGAGAUGCGGGACUUGUUCAUGUACCUGAAUGCCGCAGUGAAACCUGAGGUGCCGUUUCCGACAGAGAAACGAAUUAAGAAACAACUUGCGGUGAAGAACAGAACUCUUUAUUUUCCCGCUCGCAAUCCAUGUAAAAGAUCCGCGGAAGCCAACCAGAACAACGGUCAAUCGGCAACAAAGCGUCGUUAAAGAUGGUGGUUGUGGAACAUACAGAGUACUGGUUUGGGCAAUUCGGUACUGCACGACCAUACCGAGGAUACAACAAUAGACAAAUUUUAGCAUGAUGGACAGUGGAUUUAUUUUGUUUUAAUAAAUCACUGAUUGUGAGAACUUUUGCAACGGCUUGUAAUUGAGCGUACGCUUUCUUACUUGUGUUUAAAUGGAUAUAAUGCGUGGAGCGACGGUGCCACGGAAAUCGGCAAAAUUUGAU